GGCGGCGAUUGGAGGAGCCCGGGGAGGGCCCGCCCCCUGCGCGGUUUCAGUUUCGCUUCCGGCCGCGGGCUGGCCUUCGGCGGCGGCCGGCGCGCGGGCGCGGGGACUGCGGGUUCCGGCGGGUUCCGGCGGGUUCCGGCGGCCGGUCGCGAGAUUUCUGAUCAGGACCGGUAAGAUGAGUCUACGGAAGCAGACCCCCAGUGACUUCCUAAAGCAAAUCAUCGGACGACCAGUCGUAGUCAAAUUAAACUCUGGAGUGGAUUAUCGAGGGGUCCUGGCUUGCCUGGACGGGUACAUGAAUAUCGCCCUGGAGCAGACGGAGGAGUAUGUGAACGGCCAGCUGAAGAAUAAGUAUGGGGAUGCCUUCAUCCGUGGGAACAACGUGUUGUACAUAAGCACACAGAAGAGGAGGAUGUGAGGACACCGGGACCGCUUUCCCGACUUGGAUCGAUUUUCUAUGAAAUGGUUUGCUUUUGUGAUAGAAUUUGCCUCAGUUUUGUACUAGUUGAUUUCUUCCUGAUGUGAACGAGAUAAUGUGUAAACGUGCAGAUUUGACUGUACCAGAGUCUCAGCCGUCGCCGCUUACCUCUGUCGGUGCAGAGUGUGCAGAAUGCAAAAAGGAUUAAAAAACUCGAAGCAUUUUUUUCA